GGACCUGGAUCGACCCGGGUGCCUUCGCGCUGGUGGGGGCAGGGGCCUUCAUGGGGGGGGUCACCCGCAUGACGGUGGCGCUGGCGGUCAUCAUGAUAGAGGUCUCCUCCGACGUGCACAUGCUGCUGCCGGUGCUGGUGGCCAUCAUGGUGGCUAAGUGGGUGGCGGAUGCGGCCACUCACAGCCUCUACCAUGGGCUGCUGGAGGUCAAGUGCGUCCCCUUCCUGCCCCCCGAGCCCGUCUCCGCCUUCUCGCUGGACCUGCUGCCCGUGUCGUACGUCAUGAAGAGCCCCGUGGUGUGCCUGCGCCAGCGAAUGACGGUUCGCGAGCUGACCGAUGUGCUGCGCCGCUGCCAACACAACGGCUUCCCCGUGCUGCGGGACGAACCCCUCCCGCACCAACACCCGCAACACCACCACCAGCAGCAGCACUUGCAGCACAACCCCACCGCUGCUGCCGCUGCUGCCGCUGCUCCCUCCCAC